AUGGAUUCAUCAGUAGAGAGGGUAUUGCAGCAGGAUAGGGGAGAUAGUGCCCGAAAGGUCAAUUUGUGUUCUCCGAAUUCGCCGUCGUUUCCCCAAACCGGUCAUAAAACAACUGGGAUUGACUCUUUCAAAGUCUUGUCUAGAGAAUCGUGGGAAAACCUCGCACGACUCAGAGAACAAUGUUGGACGACUAUCCGCACAGGGCAUUGCGAAUCCUGGAUCGGUUCGGAUGCUGAGAUCCACUCAGGUCUAGAAUCAGCUUCUCAAGCAUCGAUGGGUGCCCGGCAAAGGGCUCAUUCGAAUGAGGGAGCCAAGACUAUUGAAUUCCUGACAGCAAGUGUGGAGGUAAAACAGAAGUGA